AUGCAUAUAAAUCUUAAAGAAUUGGAAGAUUUAAGAGAAAUGAAAGAGGAUAUCGAUAGGAAAAAUGAGCAAACUGCUGCGAUAUUGAAGAUGCAAGCGACACAAUUGGCUGAAUAUCAAGCUCUCUAUAAAGAGGAAUUGGUUUUAAGAAAACGAUACUUUAACAUUAUUGAAGAUAUGAAAGGCAAGAUCCGAGUUUAUUGUCGAUUAAGGCCUUUGACACCAAAAGAGAUGAACGACAAAGAAAAAGACGUGCUUACAAGUGUUGAUGAGUUCACAGUUCAACAUUUAGGAAGAGAUGAAAAGAUUAAACAACAUUGUUAUGAUCGUGUGUUUGAUGGAAAUGCAACUCAAGAAGAUGUUUUUAAUGACACUAGGUAUUUGGUGCAAUCGGCUGUUGAUGGUUACAAUGUGUGUAUAUUUGCAUAUGGUCAAACGGGAAGUGGGAAGACUUUUACUAUUUAUGGAUCUGAAAAUAACCCUGGGCUUACCCCACUUGCCACUUCAGAGUUAUUCAAAAUUCUGAAAAAAGAUCGCAACAAAUUCAAUUUCUCUUUGAAGGCAUACAUGUUGGAGUUAUACCAAGAUACGUUAGUGGAUCUUCUAAUUCCAAAACAAGCAAAACGUGCAAAAUUAGAAAUCAAAAAAGACUCCAAGGGAAUGGUGACGGUUGAAAAUGCGACAGUUAUACCGAUUUCAACUUAUGAAGAUUUGAAAAAUAUUAUUCAAAGAGGAACAGAUCAACGCCACACAACUGAGACAUUAAUGAAUGAAGCAAGUUCAAGGUCUCAUUUGAUUUUGUCAAUCAUUAUUGAAAGUACAAAUUUACAAACUCAAUCAAUCGCUAGAGGAAAGUUAAGUUUUGUUGAUCUUGCUGGAUCUGAAAGGGUGAAAAAGUCGGGUUCUGCUGGAAAUCAAUUAAAGGAAGCACAAAGUAUAAAUAAAUCACUUUCAGCACUUGGUGAUGUUAUUAGUGCUUUAUCUUCUGGGAAUCAACACAUACCUUAUAGGAAUCAUAAGCUCACUAUGUUAAUGAGUGAUUCUCUUGGUGGAAAUGCAAAGACUUUGAUGUUUGUUAAUAUUUCUCCAGCUGAAUCAAACUUGGAUGAAACAUAUAACUCUCUUACGUAUGCAUCAAGGGUGCGUUCAAUUGUGAAUGAUCCUAGCAAGAAUGUUUCAUCAAAAGAAGUUGCAAGAUUGAAGAAGCUAUUGGCUUAUUGGAAAGAACAAGCAGGGAAAAGAGGGGAUGAUGAAGAACUUGUGGAGAUUCAAGAUGAAAGGACACCAAAAGAGAAAGGUGAUAAUAGGCAUUCAAUGUAAAAUUGAAGCAUGAUCUUUUGGGAUUUGAAGAGAGUUUGUGUUCUUCACACUAAUUUUACUAACAUGAAAGAUGGGAAAAACAAAAACAAUGCAUGAAUUGUGUCACUAACCAUGUAGCCUUUUAGUCCAUAGUCUUUAUAUUCAUGGUUUGAAAGUGGUUGGUUUUGGUUGAUGGUGG